UGGAUUUUAAUAGCCAUGUUCCGACUUGCCAUGGAUUUCACCUCUUGCGAAUCUUUGGGCCACGGUCAUAGGCCCUUGCAAAGACCGGGUCACCGUGACCGACAUGGAUUCUGGCAUAGUCCUUUGUGGAGUCUUAGAUCCGGGCAGCAGGCUAGGAGUUAUGGGCUUCCGGGGAACCAUGCUUUCCCAUACUUGGAACGGUAUAACGGACAGCUGGCCAGUACGUAUCAUUCCAAACGUCUACACAAAGCCACAGACCUCCUCUGGGAAAAUGAGCACCCCGAGCACUUUGCGCCCCCCAGAUCAGACCCUUCCCUGGCAGAUGGGAGUACAGCAUACCAGACUUACUUGAGGAGGAGGAAACGAUACCUCCGGGCGAUUGGCAAGCCCACUCCGGAGACCGAGGUGAUUGUCUGGGGGUCCACAAGCCCUUUGGAAACCCUGGAGAGCUUCUCGGGAAUUUAUGGCAGUGCCACUACCAUCUCUGUUUUGCGACACAAGACCACCACCAUCUCCACCACCACCACCACCACGAUCACCACCACAACUGCAGCUUCCACGACGGUUCAGCCAGAAGGACCUGGCCCUGGGAUUGGCACACCCAAGAACAACCCCGGUGUGGUUAGCACAAUGGGACCACCUGCCACUUCUGAUGGGAACAGAAAAGAGGUUGGUGCCCCUCCACCCAAGAUACCAGGAGACACGUCAGGUCUGGCCGUCCAUCAGAUUAUCACCAUCACCGUCUCCCUCAUCAUGGUCAUUGCUGCUCUGAUAACGACGCUCGUCUUAAAAAAUUGUUGUGCCCAGAGUGGGAACACGAGGAGGAACAGCCACCAGCGUAAAAUCAACCAGCAGGAAGAGAGUUGUCAGAAUCUGACGGACUUCACCCCAGCCAGAGUCCCUAGCAACCUGGAUAUAUUCACGGCCUACAAUGAGACGCUACAGUGUUCCCAUGAAUGUGUGAGGACGCCGGUGUCAGUCUAUGCGGAGGAGACAAUACUUCCCCCAGGGGAUUAUAAAACAUCUUUCAAUGGAAAUAGACCCUCCUCCUCUGAUCGGCAUCUAAUCCCUGUGGCCUUUGUGUCUGAGAAAUGGUUUGAAAUCUCCUGUUGA